GCCCGCCGUAGCCGUAGCAAGAUGCUGGCUACACUGUCUCAUUACUCACAGGGUGUACUCCGUAACCUCCGGCCCGCGGUUAAUGCACCACUAGUCCUGGCGGGCAAGCGGACAGUCUCAACGCAGCCUCCGACUGGCACGCUUCAGCUCUCGCGACUCAAUCUACGUUCCAACCCGAGUCCUGCAGUGGGCGAGCACGGUUCGUGGAAACCUUUCAAAGAAGCUGUUAAAACAAGUGCGAAAACACCUGAAGAGAUCUGGGCAAGCCGCGAACCAACUGUGAAGAACCUCCCUCGCCCAAACGGCCCUUUCAUCGGUCGGAGCUGGCAUGUCAAUAGACAGACUCCAGUGAGUCAAGCAUUAGGGAGGCUUCGGUCAAUCAUCAGGUACAACAAUGUGGCUCGAGAGGUCAGGCUUCAAGCACGCCACGAGAAGAAGGGUUACAAGCGGCGGCGAAUUGAAAGCCAGCGCUGGAGAAGGAGCUUCGCCCAUGAGGUGAGAAUGAAGGUGCAGAUUGUGAAGGAGAUCCGUGCGCGCGGCGCAUGAAUAGAUUCUCUUCUUACGGCACUUGCUG